UUCCCCACUUUUGACCCACCUGACAUUCCUACUCACUUGGGUGGUGUUGGUCAUUGGGUUUCAAUAUUUCUUGACCUGAAGAAUUCAAGGUUCCAGCUUCUCGAUUCCUACUAUGGACCAAACGAUGACUGUGCGGUACGUCUGUUUCGGCGGAUGACUGAUAACAUCAAGAAGCUUUGGAACGAUGCCAACAACGACAGGGAGACACCCUUCAGUCCUCUUUCUAUUGACCAUUUCCCUUUGGAUUGGAUUGAUGUCCCCCAGCAAACCAACAAUAUCGACUGCGGAUUCUUCAUGCUUACGGAAGUUAAUUCGUUUCAUGAAGGGGUUCUUGCAAACUAUUCCCAUGAUAAUAUCGCAGAUAUCAGAAAGACGUGGUUGUACUCAAUUGCUUCUUCUAACCUAUUUGAAACAUACUUCCAAGGUCUGUUUGGCUACUAUACAUUGGACCCGUUGGACUUGACCGAUUACCACUACUCAUUCCUCGGGUCACAGGAAUACCAGCCUAGGGAGGAAUCGAUGAGUACAACUCUGAGAGAAGAUGAUAGCUCUUGAACCAUUAUUCCUUCCAAGUUGGGGAAGCAAGCUGUCAGUAUUUGUGCUGCUCCAUUUACCCCUUGCUCCAGGAAGGUUGGUGCAGUCGAAGCAGAUGUGAUUUCGUCGGAUGAUGAUUUUGAGAAGAAUGCUUACCCGAAGAAUGGUAAAUCUGCUGCUGGUACUAUUGUUGGGAGAGGUGGGAAGAAUGCUAUCAUCACUAGGAGGAAACCGACAGUUGAGUCUGGCAACAUAACUUCCUCAAAGAGAGCAUCAAGAUUGCCUUUGAAGUGGUGUUCUGCUGUUGCUCCCCUAAAUAAAUACAUUUACCCUCAUCUAUCUGAGGCCCGGAGGUUGAGACACACAAGCUACUACAUGUUUACCAUCCCUGGGAAUGUGAUUGACAUCACAUGACGUGUCCUUUAUACUCUUUUUGGUGAAGGGCAACAGAUGGAAGGAGAUGUAAUGGAUUAUCUCAUAAACUUGUGAAGUAUAAGCCAAAGACCUCUGAGAUCCUCUCUUAUGCUGACAGGGUUGUACUUAGUCCCUACUUCAUACAGAUUUUAGUUCUUUGCACCCCUAUCUCCCUUUUUUGCUCUAGUUUUGGUGUACUGGCAUUUGGGAGGUGUUUUAAUUCUGUUUUUGUGAAUGCAUUACUGCCUGGAGUAUGAUUUUUUCACUGCAACAGUUCCAAAAUUCGAUGCAAAAAAAUCAACUAAACUCCUCCCAAUGUUUGUUCGCAAGGAAGAAGAUCUUCUUAACGCAAAGCUGGUUUUUUUGAUACUAUUCAAGCCAAUUAACACAAUAGCGCACUACAGUGUGUAUGUGCUGAAUAGAUAUCAUGGGAGCAUUGACAUCCUCGAUUCACUUCCUUACACUAAUAUGGGAAUGUCACGAACAAGUUUCCAUGGAGACUGCCAAAAUAUCAUCAAGAGAUUUGUUGGGUUGCUCGAGGAGGUGUACGGCAAGGCUGCGUACAAAGCGAGCAAGCAGCCUAACAGGGUGAAUAUUGCAAAGAGGCCGACUUUUAUCGAUGUUCCAAAGCAAGUGAAUAAUGAUUGUGGUUUCUUCACCGUGAAGUUCUGCUCUACGUAUGAUGGCGAUGAGCUUGUUGAAGACAUCGGUGAUGUGAAAGCUGCUGCAGAUGACUGGAAGGCCGAGUUCAUGAACACUCUAGUCUUUAGCGAGAAGAAUGAAAUUGUGGGUGCAGAGCUUCCUGCCGAGAUCCGGUCAUUGAGCCUAUGAAUUCGAAGCAUUAGUUUCAGUGUAGAUUUGAUUUCGUAAAGAUUUAGGUUUGAUAAUGAUUGGAAUGAUUUCGUAAAGAUUUGGUUGUAAGAAUGGUUUAGUAAUUUUUGUAUCUAUUGCUGCAGCCUAUUACUUAA